CAGCCUCCGCGCGGACCACUCUGGCUCCCUCCUCUCUUCUCCUCGCCUCGCCAUGGCCGCUGCCAGGUGGGCCCCGAUCGCCGGCCUCCUCCUGCUCCUCCCGUUCGCGGCGACUCCGUCCCGCGCCGCCACGCCGGCGAGGUCCCCGUCGUCGUCCACCGCCGUGUUCCAGCUCCAGGGCGACGUAUACCCCACAGGCCACUUCUAUGCCACGCUGAGCAUCGGGGACCCAGCGAAGCCGUACUUCCUGGACGUGGACACUGGCAGCGAUCUCACCUGGCUGCAGUGCGACGCACCCUGCAAGAGCUGCAACAAGGUGCCACACCCGUUGUAUCGGCCAACGAAGAACAAGCUGCUGCCAUGUGCAAACUCACUCUGCACUGCACUACUCCGUGGUCUGGGCGCUAAUAACAAGUGCCCCUCACCGCAGCAAUGCGACUAUCGAAUAAAGUACACAGACAGCGCAUCUUCUCAAGGUGUGCUCGUCACUGACAGCUUCUCUCUGCCCCUGAGGAAUUCAUCCAACGUUCGUGCCAGCCUCACCUUUGGCUGUGGGUAUGACCAGCAAGUGGGGAAAAAUGGCGCGGUGCAAGCAGCGACAGAUGGCCUGCUUGGGCUUGGGAGGGGAUCAGUUAGCCUGCUUUCACAGCUCAAGCAGCAAGGGAUCACCAAGAACGUUCUUGGUCAUUGCCUCAGCACGAACGGAGGAGGCUUCCUCUUCUUUGGUGAUGCCAUGGUGCCUACAUCACGUGUAACUUGGGUGCCCAUGGCACGGAGCACAGCCGGGAACUACUACUCACCUGGCUCAGCAACACUGUACUUCGAUAGACGUUCGCUAGGUGUGAAGCCAAUGGAGGUGGUGUUUGACAGUGGUAGCACCUAUACCUACUUUUCUGCCCAGCCAUACCAAGCUGUGGUUUCUGCGCUCAAGGGUAGUCUCAGCAAAUCACUUAAACAGGUGUCAGAUCCCAGUCUGCCUCUGUGCUGGAAAGGGCAGAAGUCAUUCAAAUCUGUGUUUGAUGUCAAGAAGGAUUUUAAGUCACUGUUACUGAGCUUCGCUAGUGGAAAGAAUGCUGUCAUGGAGAUCCCUCCUGAAAACUACCUCAUUGUCACGAAAAUUGGAAAUGUGUGCUUGGGCAUCCUUGACGGAUCGGCGGCUAAACUGAGUUUCAACGUAAUUGGAGACAUUACAAUGCAGGAUCAGAUGGUGAUAUAUGAUAACGAGAGAGGGCAGCUCGGAUGGGUGCGUGGAGCAUGCAGUAGGAGCGCCAAGUCUAUUACGUCUUUCUUUCCAUAACCAUUUCUCGUACUUGAACCAUCAGCCCUUGAAUUCAUUUCUAUCUAUCCAAAAAAUUGGCUGUACUGUUGAGUUGAAAAAAACUACAGCUAUCCUCAACUUCCCUGAAUGAUCAGUUUGCUAACUGAAGAGUGCCAGCUUAUUACCAUCCAAAUAAGUUUGUAUUAACAUGCCAGGGGAAUGGGAGAUUGUAAGAGCGAAGGUUAGAGAGGCAGAUAGGAUGUUACCAACUGUGGCUCCUCCUGUUCAUUGUUACAAAAUUAGCUCCUGCAGCGACAUAGAUCUACCAGAAGGAAGUCCAUAAUUUAUAAUGAGAUGAAGUCCAUAAUUUAUAAGACUAGCCUGAAUUGUUCUUUGUAUGCGCUUUACUUGAAGCUUCUUCUAGAUUUCCAUUUUUGAAAUAAGGACAGGAGAGCAGCUUAUAAUUACAUUGCAAUAAUAGAAAUGAAAUUAUGUACAAACAAAAGCAAAGAAACUGAAAGGACAAAGAAGGCUCCUCUAAAUUUCAAUAUGCAAAUAUGUGACGCGUGAACGCCUCACAUUGGUUCCAGAAUUGAUUACAGGACAAUCGUGGGUUGGUUUUCUGUGAUUGCAGAAUUUCCUGAUCUACUGCAGUUCAUGUAGUAUAAUUGUAGUAUCAAGAGUUAGUAGUAGACUGCUGCUGCACUAUUGUUCAUUUUAGUUCCAUCUCAAGUAUGAACUUCUUCAACAUUGA